ACGCUGCAUACUGAUACAAGAUGGCGACCAACUGAGGGUAAAAACUCACUGAGGAUGGUCUCUUGACUUUUUUUAUUAUUAUUAAACAACAUAGAACACACAAAAUAAUACAAUGCACAAACAAUAAGGCGUAUUUCAAACAAACAAACUUGCGUAUAAGAGAAAAGGAUGGGUGCAGUCUCUUAACUUCUCUAAUGUAUUCUCUGGCAGUUCUUCACUCUGCGGGUGUAAUGCACGGUUUGGCCACCGGGAUGUGGGGGCGCUGUUUCCUCUUCAUCUCUURUCUCAACGUCUGGCAGCAGCAGAACCACAGAGACGUUCUCCAACCGAGGAGCCAGAACCAAACGCUACGCCAUCAACCCUCUGGGACAAAAGUGGACCCACCACAACAUCACAUACAGGAUCAUGAAGUUCCCCAACACCCUGAACAUUGAAGACACCAGAAAGGCCAUCAGCAUCGCCUUCACCAAGUGGAGCGACGUGUCGCCGCUAAGCUUCACCGAGGUUGUCGAUGCCAACGCCACCGCUGACAUCACCAUCGGUUUCUACACCUUCAACCACACCGACUGCUGGUGGUCUCCUCUUCACCCGUGUUUCGAUGGUCUGAACGGCGAGCUGGCUCAUGCCUUCCUGCCGCCACGAGGAGAGAUCCACUUCGACAAUCACGAGUUCUGGAUCCUGGGCAAGUCCAGGUUUAGCUGGAGACAAGGGGUCUGGCUGAAUGACCUGGUCCAGGUAGCAGCUCAUGAGAUCGGACAUGCUUUGGGUCUGUGGCACUCCAGAGACCAAGAGGCGCUGAUGCACCCCAACGCCACCUACACCGGGCAGCGGAACAUUGCCCAGGACGACGUCUGGGGCAUCCAGAGACUCUACGGUACCGGGUGUCUGGAUAAAAAGAGGGUCUGUGAUCCRUGGGCCCGGCUCGGCUUCUGUGAGAGGAGGAAGACCUUCAUGAGGAAGAACUGCCCUCAGCGCUGUGACCUCUGCUACAGUGAGUCCGGACCAGCAGAGACCUGUACACCUGGACAGUACUCACUGGUUCUGUUAGUACUUCAUAAGCCCCUGGAGGUGGUCACCACGCCGACUCCGCCUCCUGCCAACAUCAAGGUCAAGAUGGUUCCUCGAGGGAAGGUAGUGGGUUUCCGCUGCGGGUCCAAAACCCUCCGCUCCCUUCCUAAAGUCAGCUGGUACAAGGACGGCGAGCAGAUCUUGACCUCUGUGCCCGGCUACAUCGUGAUGAAGAACCGUGACCUCCGCAUCGUGGCCAACGAGUUCAACGUGGGCGUCUACACCUGCCGUGUGCACCGCCGCGGCGACAUCGUGUCGGCCAACUCCUGGGCCAUCCGACUGAAACCAGAACCGCCGUCCAACAGCUGAGGACGUCCGCAGGGACAGAACAUCAAACCCUGUGAGGACAGGAAGACUCGGACCAACUUUGGACCAGAACACAAACGAUCCCAUCACAGCCGUGAGGCGGGUCAGCAGACUGUAGUCCGGUGGCAGCUCUGUGGACCUGAUAGGACGUCCUGGUCCACACACAGAACCUUCAACUCCUCAGAAUCCUGAACAGAGUCUGGUACCGUCCAACACAUUGUCCUCCUGGACCCAAAUUGAUCCACGUGUUUGAGCGUCAGGUGGGACACUAACGUAUUCACCCCCCUCCCAAUGGUGUUUGGUAUUUUUACUUAAAAACCUGGAGUUUAAUAAUCCUGUUCCAUCAGAUCCAGGAUCAGGUCUCUUCAGGUUCUGUAGACAGAUCGUCCAUCAGGGUUUUCUUUGUCCUCCUGUCCUCAUCAUUAUUGAACUUUAUAAAAGGAUUUAACAGAGUUCUGAGGGACGUUUAGGGUUCUGACCUGUCCUUGGUCUUCAUGAUGUCUCAGCGUUGGAUGUGUUGGACCGCUCUUGAUUCUGGAAGCCAUCGUACUUUUAUAGAAUCAUUUAAAAAACGAUUCUUUACCUCAUUAAUCUGGAGUAUUUUCUGUAGAAUUGUUGCUUUCGUUCAAAUUUUAAACUAUUUUAAAUUCCAGGUUUUAAAGUAACAAAAUGAAAUAAGAAGCGGGGGAUAUUUUUGCAGCCCGCUGCGUGCUUCUGUUGUUUGUC